GGGGCUGUGUGUUGUUGCUGUCGUCGUGCAGGACGUGAAGACUCUUUCGCACCGAUCUCACCUGGAUAAACAACGGAUAAUAUCUUUUUUAUCUCCCACUCCAGCUGUUUGCUAGUUUUUCUCUCGCCCUCUUGAGUGAACAUGGGGAACUGUUUAACCGUGGGGCCGAACGAGGCUCUGGUGGUGUCCGGUGGCUGUUGUGGCUCUGACACAAAGAACUACGCUGUGGGAGGAUGGGCCUGGGCCUGGUGGCUCAUUUCAGACACCCAAAGGAUAACCCUGGAGAUCAUGACUCUGCAGCCCAGAUGUGAGGAUGUGGAGACAGCAGAGGGGGUAGCCAUCACUGUCACAGGGGUGGCUCAGAUAAAAGUCAUGACGGAGCAGGACCUACUGGCCGUAGCUUGUGAGCAGUUUCUGGGUAAAUCAGUCAUGGAGAUCAAAGCUGUGGUCCUGCAGACUUUGGAGGGACAUCUGCGCUCCAUUCUAGGUACCCUGACUGUGGAGCAGAUCUAUCAGGACCGAGACCAGUUUGCUAAACUGGUGAGGGAGGUGGCAGCUCCUGACGUGGGCAGGAUGGGCAUCGAGAUUCUCAGCUUCACCAUUAAGGAUGUGUACGAUAAACUGGACUACCUGAGCUCCCUGGGGAAGACUCAGACUGCAGCCGUCCAGAGGGAUGCAGACAUCGGCGUGGCUGAGGCAGAGAGGGAUGCUGGGAUACGGGAGGCAGAAUGUAAGAAGGAGAUGAUGGACGUCAAAUUCCAGGCUGACACCAAGAUGGCCGACUCCAAACGAGAACUGGAGCUGCAGAAAGCUUCUUUCAACCAAGAAGUCAACACUAAGAAAGCCGAGGCUCAGCUGGCAUACGAGCUGCAGGCAGCCAAGGAGCAGCAAAAGAUCCGCCUGGAGGAGAUCGAGAUCCAAGUGGUGCAGAGGAAGAAGGAGAUCACUAUAGAGGAGAGAGAGAUCGUACGGACGGACAUGGAGCUCAUCGCCACAGUGAAGAGGCCCGCUGAGGCAGAGGCUUACAAAAUGCAGCAGCUGGCCGAGGGGCAGAAGAUAAAGACAGUGCUGAUAGCUCAGGCUCAGGCAGAGAAGAUCAAGAAGAUUGGAGAGGCGGAGGCCAGUUCCAUUGAAGCGGUGGGCAAGGCGGAGGCGGAGAAGAUGAGGCUGAAGGCUGAAGCCUACCAGCAGUACGGAGAGGCAGCUAAGACCGCUCUGGUCCUCGAGGCCCUGCCGAAGAUUGCUGGCAAGGUGGCAGCACCAUUAGGCAGGACCAGUGAGAUCGUCAUCCUCAGCGGGGAGGGCAGCCGCGUGACGGGCGAGGUGACCCGCCUUCUGGCUGAACUUCCUGUGUCUGUCAACGCUCUCACUGGAGUGGAUUUGACAAAGAUCCCGCUGCUGCAGAAGAUGACCAACGCUCAAGCCUGAAAAGCGCCGACUCCACAUAACUUCAGUAUCUGUUGUAUGCACUCUGAUAGACUGCCUUUAAUACACUUGAAGAAUUUUGUUGUUUUAUAUACUGUUAUACCAAGUGAAUUUUGGAAACCUCUGGUGCCUUACUUUAUACAGGGCCAGAAUAUCUGCAUGCACUGCUGCUCAUUCAAAGAUUUUUUUAUUUAAUUUUAACUUGGGGGCAUUUUAUGUUGUUUUUAUUUAAUUCUUAGUAUUUGAAUAUAUAUAGAUAGGUACAUAUUGGCCCGUUUGUACGACUUCUCGGUUGGCCUGUCUGCUGACUCUCACCCAUAGAUCCACUGCAGGUGAGCUGUUAACACCUGUGCUCUGGUAUUUAUACAUCGGGUCGUGUUUUUCAGACCACAAGGCCGCUGCUCUCACUUUUUACAUUCCGGACGUUGCAGGCCUUUACGUUGACUUAAAUACCUCUUUAUUUAUCGUUAGACACAUCUGCACUCCCUAGAUAAUCUGAAUUUUUUUCUUGUUUAUUGUAGAGCUUUCUUUGUAAUUUACAUGUUGUAAUUUUUAUCUAUUUAUUUAAUAAUUUAAUGCUUCGCUGAUUGAAUUUUACAAUGUAACAGGUGCUCACAAUCUUAAAAGAAGCCCCUUUCAUUGUGCAAAGUUUUCCUGUUCCCCUGAACGUAGUCUAAUUCCUUACAAACACUUGAUAUAAGCGUGAUACAUAUGAUUAUUAUUUAUAUGCUUAGCAGGGAAAUAGGAAGCAAAAUCAGAUUUUGUGCUGAUAUGUUUAGUUUUCAUGUCGUUCUUUAAUAUUUGUUAUGGGUUUUUAAUGUAAAAUGGUAGUAGUUGUUGGCCUUGAUUAAUUAAGAGUUGGUGUAAAAUAAAAAUAAAAAGGAUGAAAAAAAAUAGGGCCAUUCUAGUCAAAAUAAUAAUGAGAAAUAUGGUGCCAGGGGAGGGCAUAAUAUUCAGAUUUUUAAAAAAAACUUAUAGAGAAUAUUUUAGGGUUUUUCUUUUCAUAAAUUUGUGAGUUUUUUCUUGUGAAUUUUCCACUUUAAUCUCCCCCCUUCCCUGGCUCCAUGAUAAUUGAUAAAAGAUUUCAUGGACAAAAUUGUAAAAAAUUACUGGCUUCAAGUUGUGUCAAAUAUGUUUAUAUUGUGGAAGCAAAUUAAUGUGAAUAGAUUCCAAAAAGGAAAGGCCGAACAGUGAUGCCGCAUUAAACAGCUUGUCUUUUCAUUUUUAUUGUAUCAGAAGGACUUUGGAUACUGUAUCGUUUAUCUGAUCAUUACUUUCAUACUACAGAUAUCUGUAGAGGCUAAGCCAUGUUCCACAGGGUGUGUCAACAAACCAAACCUGUACACUUUUCAGAGAAACACACUUUCUGUUGAAUGUUUGCACAUGAAUUUGUUUUUAAUUACUGUGACAUGAAAUAUAGAAGAAUCUUUGCGCAGAGUAACAAUGUUUUAUCUAUUUAAUCAGUGAUGUUGCUGCUUGAAUACUUUGUUAUUUUAGAGUCUAAUGCACCAAAUGUUAAAGGGAUAGUCUGGAUUUUUUUGGAGUGGAGCUAUAUGAGGUACUUAUCCACGAUGAGUGUAUUGCAUACAUAUUGUAUGACAGUGAAAAGUCACACAACAACACAAACAAGUUACCAGAUCAAGGCAGCAGUAGACCAGCAAAUUCUGUGUCUUGCAAUGUAAAAUGAUUGAUUUGUCAAUGGAGUCUGGUGGCUUCAAGUGGAGACACUACAAGUAAAUAGGGUAUAAAUUAUAGAUAUCACUAGAUACCAGUUGUUGUUUUUUUUUUUACAUUAAGACGAUAUUUUUUACAAAUCGCAUUACAAAUUUUCUGAUAUGUUAUAAUUAGAUAUGCAAAUGAGGUGUGCACUCAUUAUAUAUCUGCUAAUUUGCAUAUCUUUCCAGUGCAUAAAUCUGAACAUUGGACAUUGGACAAAGCAAAUUUCAAAGUCAUUAUUUUAGUUUGUUGAUAUAUUCGAUUCAAAGUUCAUUACAGAAGGCAAUUGGAAUAUCUCUUUUUAUCAUUUCAUAAAUCAGAAAAUACUGUCUGAAUACUGAAAAUUAAGGCUGAGUCCUUCCUGCGGCGGAGCUGGGUUCGAAUCCGGCCUGAGGUCCCUUUGCCGCAUGUCCUCCCCUCUGUCUCCCCCUUUCUAUGUAUCACUUUCAAGAAAAAGCAAAAAUGCAGAAAAAUAAAUACAUAAAUAAAGUUAGGAAUAUAACUGGUCAGUUUGGUGUCUGUAAGUGGAGCUGAAGUUGAGAUUUAUGAGAAAAAACUAAUUUUGAGAAAACGGCCUUUAAAGGUUUUUAUACAUUCUUAAUAAAAAAUGAUUAUUUGAAGGCAAAAUCUAGAAUCUAAUUCACAGCAACAACAAUAUAGAACAUGUCAAACAUAAAAUUGUGCAGGAGAGUGGGAGCUUUAGAUCAUGCACACGGUGCAUUUUUUAAAAACAUAUAUUUAUUGGUUUUUGUGUUAAUAUAACAACAUCCAACAACCAAAACUUCACAAACAUAUCGCAGCAAUGAAAACAAUAAUUAAAAUAUCAAUAAUACUGAAAAGGACCAGAACAAAUGAAUAAUUAAAUAAAUGUAGAUAAUAAAAAAUAAAUAACAAAAAAAAAUUAAAAAAAUUAAACUGUGGUGAGUAUUCUUACUGUAUUCAACAGAUUAGAUAUUUUUCAUCAUCUUAUUGUCCCACCGCCUCCUCCUACUACAAUAACUUUUAGUGAAUUUAGGGUAAAUCUACAAAAUAUAGUCAAAUAUACACCAAAAUAUUUGUUUUUGAUCUUUCCACUAUUCUGAAAGAAGUAGAAUUUAUGGGAGAAAAAUGGCACAAAACCUCAACUUUGACCAGUGCAUGAAAAACAAUGCUUUUGCGUGUAGUGUAUCAGCUUAAAGAGGCGCCUAAAAUAUGUUAGAAUACAGCAGUACGUGGCUUUCUUUCCAUGUGUCGUCUGCUGUAGUAACACACUAACUGUGGAUGAGUUCCUCAUACAAACCGACCUCAAGAAAUCCAUUUCAGCUUCAGUGCAGCAGUAGAAGGGAAAGGUUUUUAGAAAAUCAUUUGGGGGAAGUUGUCAGGUACAGUAUAUUCGUGGCCAUAAUUCCUAUAAAAUGUAUUUCACCCACUUGGACACUUCCAGAAGAACUCUGUUAGCUGUAAAGCGCUGGACUCACCUAUACGAAACCUAAACUAGCAGACAGUGGCAUUUAGUUUGAACCUCAUAUCUCCAGCAGGUGACAGAAAACAAAUACAGAGGGAGUUUAACGCAUGAGCAUACUGACACAGAGGACUGUUAUUAUUAUUGUUGUUAAUAUUUUUGUGCUCAUCCUCAGUUGAUAUGUUGUAUCAUUCUUUGCUGAUGAAGUGACUUGACAAACUGUGACGAUUUGUUUAGCUUCCAAUGUGUCCAGUGUAUAUAUGACAUAUUUGUGUUAUAUUCCUGAUGUUAUUUGCAUUACAAACACUGUGUCUCAAUGCAUUUCUGUAUGCUAUUGCUGCAUGUCAUCCAUCUGUACUCCCAAUAAUCAUUUCACUCUGAGCUAAUGUCAUUCUAAUAAAUCAAAAUGCCACAUUUUUACAUGUA